AUGGCUUACUGUAAGCUAGUUUCCCCUGCUGUUAAUAAGGUGUACUGGGUUAAUGCUAUUUGGGGUCGUUUAGCUCAACCUAAACACAGGUUUAUCUCUUGGUUAGCAAUUUUAGAGAGACUGGACACUAAGGAUAGAUUGAAACUGUUUGGGGUCUCUGUGGAUGAUAUAUGUCUUUUGUGUGGUUUAGAAGUGGAAAACUAUAGUCAUUUGUUUUUUGGGUGUCAGUACAGCUCAAGAUGUUGGAAUCAGAUUGCUGGAUUCUUGCACAUUAGUACAAACAUUAGAAGUUUGCCUCAGUUGAUCAAAUGGAUACACAGGAGACAUCUCACUAAGUUCAGAAAAGGGGUGUUCUUCACCUUUGUCUGCCUUGUUAAACAUAGUGCUAGCAAUAGGAUACAAUCAGUUUUACCUAGAGCAAUAAGCUCAAGGGAUCACAGUUGGUUUCUCACCCUCUUAGAAGGGCAGUUUUUCUUUGUCUUAGUGCCUGUUUCUGGCUGUUCAAUGGAGGUUGUUCCACUUAACUCUUGA